UUAAGCUGACUAAACUAAAAGACAACUGCUCCUCUUUCUUUCUCUCUCUCUCUCUCUACGAUUCCAUUCAAUUUUCCCGAUUGAACCGUCAAACGUCUUCGGGUUCCGCCUUUGAAUUGCUUACUCUCUAAGUUUUUUCUCCAUUUUUCCCUGUUCUUCAUAUCAGAUCUAAGGUUUUGCGAUUCCACUUCUUAGUUCUUACCUUCCCUUUGCUACUACCACUUUCGCCAUGGCUGGUCGCUACGACAGAAACCCUUUCGAUGAAGAAGAGGAAGUCAACCCCUUCGCUAAUCCUGGAAGUGUUCCCCCUGCCACAAAUUCCAGGCUUUCACCUCUUCCUCCAGAACCUGUUGAUUUUAAUUAUGGUCGUGGUGCAACUGUUGACAUACCACUCGAUUCAAACUCUGAAGGAUCAAACUAUAAGGAUUUGAAGAAGAAAGAGAAGGAGCUUCAAGCUAAAGAGGCUGAUUUGAGAAGGCGGGAACAGGAAGUAAAACGGAGGGAAGAUGCUGCAAAUCGGGCUGGAAUUGUACUAGAGGAGAAAAAUUGGCCACCUUUUUUCCCAAUUAUCCACCAUGAUAUUGCAAAUGAUAUUCCUAUUCAUCUGCAAAGGUUGCAGUAUGUUGCGUUUACUACAUUGUUGGGACUAACUCUUUGCCUCCUCUGGAACAUAGUAGCUGUUACUACGGCGUGGAUUAAGGGAGAAGGAGUAAAAAUUUGGUUCCUUGCUGUCAUCUAUUUUAUUGCUGGAGUUCCAGGAGGGUAUUUCUUGUGGUAUCGCCCACUUUACAAUGCAUCUAGGAGUGAAAGUGCUAUGAAGUUCGGAUGGUUUUUCAUGUUUUAUUUGCUUCAUAUUGGUUUCUGCAUCUUUGCUGCAGUAGCACCUCCAAUAGUCUUCAGGGGAAAAUCUCUGACUGGCAUCUUACCUGCAAUAGAUCUUAUUGGUGGACAAGUCUUGGUUGGGAUAUUCUAUUUCAUUGGUUUCGGAUUAUUCUGUCUUGAAUCAGUUCUCAGCAUCUGGGUUAUUCAGCAAGUAUACAUGUACUUCCGAGGCAGCGGUAAAGCAGCUCAGAUGAAGCGUGAGGCUGCCAGGGGUGCUGUGAGGGCAGCCAUUUGAUGCUGUGGUCACGUAGAACCACCACGAAUGAUGAGCUUCUUCCUAGAUUGUAGGUUGUAUAUGCACUUAGCCACGGGAUGUGGGUAAGUUUACAGGUUUGUUUUAGGUUGAGGGCUGUUCAGUUCUGUUGCUUCAUUUUUACCAGCCAACUUUACUGUAUGUUUUUUUCACCCCUGAUGUAAUUUGAUGCUAAUGGUAGUAGUCGCUUUUAUAAACCCUAUUAUUAAUAUUGUUGAGGUUGAAUGAAUUCUGAGUUCAAUUUUACACAUUGCUUGAGAAA